AUGGAUGACUCUUCGCUUAAUCCUUCUGGUGCUUCUGAGCACGCCCAAAGUAUGACCGGCGCAGAGAGUGGCCUGGAUGCUGGCAAUAGUGCCUCUGAAGUGCAAUCGCGCCAGGACUCCCCCGAAAAGAAAGCAGAGACCUCCGCCAGAUCAGACAAUCCUAUGGAUGCUCCUGCUUCCCCCAAGGCCCAGAAUGGUGGUGCCCAGCCGGAGGAUGAGGAGAUGGGCGGCACCGAGACUGAUCCCAAGCGUGAUACCGAAGGAUUGGAAGAUGCUGUUGGCGAGUCGCAGCCUCCGGAGCAGGCCACUGAGGGCCUUGAAGAUGCCGUUGGAGAAGAACAGCCCGCGCCGACCAAGUCCUCCCUGGAAGCCUCCGCACGCGAGCAAUUGGUCACACAAACUCAUGCCAUUAUCCUCCCCAGCUACGCUUCUUGGUUCGACAUGAACGCCAUCAAUCCCAUUGAGAAGAAGGCUCUCGCUGAAUUCUUCAAUGGCCGCAACCGCAGUAAAACUGCAUCUACCUACAAGGACUACCGUGAUUUCAUGAUCAACACGUACCGUCUAAACCCCAUCGAAUACUUGACUGUCACCGCUUGCCGUCGCAACCUUGCUGGCGAUGUCUGCGCCAUCAUGCGUAUUCACUCGUUCCUUGAGCAGUGGGGCUUAAUUAACUACCAGGUCGACCCUCAAACCCGCCCCUCCAACAUUGGACCGCCCUUCACCGGCCACUUCCGCGUUAUUGCGGAUACUCCCCGUGGCCUGCAGCCUUUCCAGCCCGGGCCGCAACCCCAGGUCACAUCUGGCAAGCCUCUCGCGGCCACAGAACGUGCUGCUUCUGCUACUCCUGCCAAAGAUUCAGGUCUCGAGCUCCGCCGCACCAUUUACGACGAGAAGGGCAAGGACGUUACACCGGCCGAUGAUAAAGAGAAGCAAACCAAUGGCGACUCCAACGGACUUGAGGGUAUUCCCCAAGAACCUAAGAAGAAAUCCCACUGCUUCUCCUGCGGUAUCGACUGCACACGACUCCGCUUCCACUAUGCCAAGUCAGCUCCGACGUCAGCCAACACUACCACCGCCGACACAAAAUACGACUUGUGUCCCAACUGUUUCCUCCAGGGUCGCAUGCCCUCCAGCCACAACGCCUCUGACUUUGUCAAGCUUGAGGACAAGUCUCACACUCAUGUGCCUGAUAAAGAUGCUCCCUGGUCGGAUUCAGAGCUUGUCUUGUUGUUGGAGGGUCUGGAGAACUUCGAUGAGAACUGGGAACAGAUUGCCAACCACGUUGGCACUCGGACUCGCGAGGAGUGUGUGAUGAAGUUCCUGCAGCUAGAUAUCGAGGACAAGUAUCUCGAUGACAUCCCCGAGCUGCGCACUGGCUCCGGCCGCGACCCCAUCAGCCAGUCAGAGAACCCUGUUCUCUCCGUUGUCGCAUUCCUAGCUCAGAUGGCCGAGCCCGCCGUGGCCGCCGCCGCCGCCGGCCGCUCUGUCGAGGAGAUCCGGAAGGAGCUCCGUAGCCAACUUGAGAAGGACAAUAAGGGUAAGGAAUCCGUAAAGGCCGAAGACUCCAUGGACGUGGACCCCACUCGCGAAGCCUCAACCGAGAAGCCGAAGGAAUCCCUCGCAACCGUGGCGCUUGCUACCUCCGCUGCGCGUGCCGGCGCCCUGGCCUCCCACGAAGAGCGGGAAAUGACCCGCCUUGUCGGCGCCGCUGUGAACGUAACCCUCCAGAAAUUCGAGAUCAAGCUUCAACAAUUCAACGAAAUGGAAGAAAUCAUCGAAGCCGAACGCCGCGAACUCGAGCAAGCGCGCCAGCAGCUGUUCCUCGAUCGAAUGGCCUUUAAGAAGCGCGUCAAGGAAGCGCAGGAUGCUCUCCAGGCCGUCUCCCUGCAAGGUCCCAGCGAGCACACCAAUAGCAUGCUCGGGCACGCUGCUACCGCCGGCAUUGGCAAUCACUACAGUUUCCAGCCUGUUGGUGGAGAUAUGCGGGCUGGUGCGCAGCCUUUGAGCGCUGAAACGGGCGCCGAUUUCAAGACCCUUGACCUGUAA